AUGGGGGGAAGCUGGGGAGGCACGCGGCUGGUUACCGCGCUGCUGUUGGCCCUGCUCAUCGCAACAGGCCUUGCUGCAGAUGACGGGUUGACGCAGAAGCACGAGAAGGGCCGAUGUGCCAUCCGCGGGCACUGCGGCAGCGAGGGUUUCUUUGGUCCGCAGCUGCCUUGUCCCGACAACGGACUGGCGAAGACUCCGGAAGCGGAUGUUCGCGAGAAGCUUGUGAACAUCUGUGGUGACAAAUGGACCGACACUGAUGUCUGCUGUGAAGAGGAACAGAUCGAUGCUCUGCAGUCCAACUUGAAGCGUGCCGAGUCACUCAUCGCAUCCUGCCCGGCUUGCAAGGAGAACUUCUUCAACCUGUUCUGCACCUUUACCUGCUCGCCCGACCAGUCCCUUUUCGUCAAUGUGACGGAUACAAAGCCGAAGAGUGGCAAGCUCGUCGUCACGGAGCUGACGCAUCUGGUCUCAAACGACUACGGCUCAAUUUUCUAUGACAGCUGCAAGGAUGUCAAGGUCGGCGCUACCAACGGCAAUGCCAUGGAUCUCAUCGGAGGUGGUGCGAAGAACUACACCCAGUUCCUCAAGUUCCUCGGCGACAAGAAGUUCCUUGGCAGCCCGUUCCAGAUGAACUUCCCCGAUCCCAGUUUGUACCCCGGUCUGAAGCCUCAGACCAAGGGCGCCAGGGCUUGCAAUGAUCCGGAUGAGCGGUACCGGUGUGCUUGUGUUGACUGUCCGUCGGUCUGCCCGGAGCUUCCCGAGGUUGAGGAGAACAAACAGUGCCACGUCGGUGUACUGCCAUGCCUGUCCUUCGCGGUCAUCAUCAUCUACUCUGUGUUCAUCCUGUUACUCACCGUCGCCAUCUCUGGCCAUGUUGCGUACCAAAAGCAUUACCAACACAAACAGGAGCGUCUGCGCCUUCUUCAGGACCUGGAGCCAAGUGACGAUGAAGAUGAGGGUGAUAUCGUGGCCGCCGCUGGUAUCCUUGAAACUCCCACGAGGAAGUAUAAGCUGAACGACUGGUGUGAUAAGGUUUUCAGUCGCCUGGGAUACACAUGUGCCGAAUUCCCUGCCAUUACCAUAUUCUCAAGUGUGGUCGUUGUCGUCCUGCUGAGUUUGGGUUGGCUUAGGUUCACCGUGGAGACAGACCCGGUCCGACUCUGGGUGGCGCCUGACUCUGCUGCUGCUGAAGAGAAGAAUUUCUUCGACAAGAACUUCGGUCCCUUUUACCGUGCCGAACAGGCCUUCUUGGUCAAUGAUGUCGACUCCUCCGGGCCAGGUCCUGUUUUGAGUUAUGAGACUUUGCGUUGGUGGUUUGAUGUCGAACACCGGGUGAAUAGGCUGAUGGUUGACGGAAUCACCUUCGACGACGUUUGCUUCAAGCCUACCGGUGAUGCCUGCGUGGUCCAGUCCGUCACCGGCUACUUUGGCGGGGAUUUCUCCAACAUCAACCCCAAGACCUGGGAGAAGGAUCUUCGGGCCUGUGCGGAUUCUCCAGUGGAUUGCCUACCGGACUUCCAACAGCCUCUAAACCCCUCGAUGCUUUUGGGUGGAUGGGAAGACAACGUCAUUGAUGCCAGGGCUCUAAUUGUCACGUGGGUCGUCAACAAUCACCAAGACGGUACUGAAGAGCUCGAGACAGCCAUGAAGUGGGAGAACGGUCUCAAGAGCCUCUUGCGUGCUGUACAGGAUGAAGCUGCCGAACGUGGCCUUCGCCUUUCAUUCAACACGGAGAUCAGCUUGGAACAAGAGUUGAACAAGUCCACCAACACCGACGCCAAGAUCGUUGUCAUCAGCUACAUCAUCAUGUUCAUCUACGCUUCGCUAGCCUUGGGAUCUACGACGCUAUCUGUGAGAGCCAUCUUGCAGAAUCCGGCCAACGCCCUUGUUCAAUCCAAGUUCAUGUUGGGUGUGGUUGGUAUCGUCAUCGUCCUGAUGUCCGUCUCGGCAUCUGUCGGCCUGUUCUCUGCGGUUGGCAUUAAGGUCACCCUCAUCAUUGCUGAGGUCAUUCCCUUCCUUGUUCUCGCUGUCGGCGUCGACAACAUUUUCCUGAUUGUCCAUGAAUUCGAGCGUGUCAACAUCAGUCACGCCGAAGGAACCGUAUCGGAACGAGUUGCAAAGGCUCUUGGCAGGAUGGGCCCCAGUAUCCUGCUCUCUGCCACAACUGAGACGGCGGCUUUCGCUCUAGGUGCGGCUGUUGGCAUGCCUGCCGUACGGAACUUUGCAGCUUAUGCCGCGGGCGCUGUCUUCAUCAAUGCCCUUCUGCAGGUAACCAUGUUUAUCUCUGUACUCGCCCUUAACCAGCGUAGGGUCGAAGCCAGCCGCGCCGAUUGCUUCCCGUGCCUUCGCGUCACACGUGCUGAUCCAGGCGGUAUCAGCACCGGUGUCGUUUUCGGUGGCGACGAGGAAGGCGCUUUGCAGCGCUUCAUUCGCAAGACUUACGCUCCGACGCUGUUGGGCAAGAAGACGAAGACGUUGAUCAUCACUAUCUUCCUGGGGCUUUUCACAGCAGGUCUGGCACUGCUGCCUAAGAUUGAGCUUGGCCUCGACCAGCGGAUUGCCAUUCCUAGUGACUCGUACCUCAUCGACUACUUCAACGACCUCUACGAUUAUUUUGGCGCUGGCCCUCCGGUCUACUUCGUUACGCGCGACUUGAAUGCCACUCAACGUGGGCAUCAGCAAGAGCUAUGCGGACGCUUCUCUACUUGUGGCGAGCUCUCGCUAGCGAAUACGCUUGAGCAAGAGAGGAAGAGGCCCGAUACGUCUUACAUCGCGGAUGCCGCAGCCAGCUGGAUCGAUGACUACUUCCUUUGGCUUAACCCGUCUCUCGAUAGCUGCUGCUACGAUGAGGGCAACGACCCGUGGGGUGAUGACAAGAAGGCUUGCUUUGCUGACCGCAGCCCUCCGUGGAACCCUACUUUGAAGGGCAUGCCUGAAGGCGAGGAGUUCAUCGAGUACCUCAAGCGCUGGAUCGAAUCUCCAACUACUGCCGAAUGCCCGCUCGCUGGCAAGGCUGCCUACGGAAAUGCCUUGGUUAUCGAUUCGAAGCGCCUAACAAUUCCGGCUUCUCACUUCAGAACCUCGCACACACCGCUGCGCAGCCAGAAGGACUUCAUCGCAGCCUACGCAUCGGCCAGGCGGAUUGCCUCUGAGAUCAGCGACCGCACCGGUAUCUCGGUCUUCCCAUACUCCAAGUUCUACAUCUUCUUCGACCAAUACGCCUCCAUCGUCCGGCUCACCUGCGCCCUCGUCGGCUCAGCGCUGGCUUUGAUCUUGGUCGUCACCUCGACGCUCCUGGGCAGCCUGCGCACUGGUCUCGUGGUCACGGUGACGGUCGUCAUGACGGUCGUCGACAUCGCGGGCACCAUGGCGCUGGCCGGCGUCUCUCUCAACGCCGUGUCGCUCGUCAACCUGAUCAUCUGCGUGGGCAUCGCGGUCGAGUUCUGCGCGCACAUCGCACGCGCCUUCACGUACCCGUCGCAGUCGCUACUCGAGCGCGCGGCGCCGAAGGCGCGCUUCAGGGGCAAGGACGCCCGCGCCUGGGUCGCGCUGACCAACGUCGGUGGCAGCGUCUUCAGCGGCAUCACGGUGACCAAGUUCUUGGGCGUCGCCGUCCUGGCGUUCACCCGUAGCAAGAUCUUCGAGAUCUACUACUUCCGCGUCUGGCUCGCGCUCGUCAUCUGGGCCGCGCUGCAUGCGUUGGUGUUUUUGCCGGCGGCGCUCAGCUUGUUUGGUGGGAGAGGCUACAUGGAUUCGGAGUCCGACGGUGGGCUCGAGCAGGACCUUCGUGGCAGACGCGGAUACCAUCCUGCGCUUUACGCAGACGAGGAUUAUGAUUCGGAAGAUAUGUAA